AUGGCGUUGCAGAGAUCAACGGUGUCGUUCAGGGGUCAUGGAUCGUCGGGACUCGUCUGGAAUGACAGGUUCGGGAGUGGAGAGAUUUGUCCCGGCGUGGAAAGACAAGAAGAAUUGAGCAACGAUCAUCGUGACGGAUCAAUGGCGGCUAGUACGCCUCCAACGGUGCAACGUAGCGCAUCAGACGGAAGACGUGGCCAUGGUGGCGCAAGAGAACUUGGGGAGAUAUCUCCAGCUUUGGAUCCACCUUCUCCUAAGAUAUCUUCCGUUGGUUGUGGCUUUUGUUCUUUGUUUUCGUCUAACGGCCGGAGAGGAAGAAGCAAAUCGAGGUAG